AUGGCCGAACAGGAAGCGUGCGCGACCGCCGUGACGGAGGCGCUGGCGGCGGCCGGCGAGGUGACCGAGAGUGGCGACGGCGAUACACGCGAGGAAGAAGAAGUAACCACUGUGACAUCGAGCGUGAGGAGGAACUCAUCGGAAAAAACAAUUAGCAGUAGUACUACUACUAAAACUACAAAAGUUAUCGAAAGCAUGACUCGGCCGGCACCGAAGCCCGUUUCGCCAUUUGCCAAGUUCCGACAGCUCGAGAAACAAAACUCAAUUAAUAGUCCCAACUCACCCAAGUCGCCGCAGAGCCCGGGCUCUCCGUCGCAGCCAUUGUUCAAGUUCACGGAUCCCGCGCUGCAAGCCAGCGCUCUCACGAUAAAAGAACGAUUGCUGCAGUGGUGUCGCGACAAGACCCGGGACUACGAGAAUGUGAAGCUGGAGAACUUCUCGACGAGCUGGGCGGACGGACUGGCGUUCUGCGCGCUACUGCACCACUUUCUACCAGAAGCGUUCGACUACUCGAAGCUCACGCCUGAGAAACGUCGCCACAACUUCACGCUCGCCUUCAAAGUUGCCGAUGAGAAGGCGGGCAUCUAUCCCCUACUGGACGUGGACGACAUGGUGGCGAUGCGCAAACCCGACUGGAAAUGCGUGUUCACCUAUGUGCAGUCUAUCCACCGCCGGUUCAAGGACCAGAACUGA